UGCUCGCGGCCCUUUCCGGUGCCUCCCCCCGACCGCCGCUGCCACAUCCUCCGCUGACAUCAGCCCGCGCCGCCAUAUUGGGCGAGAAGCGCAGUCCUCCAGUUCGGUCGCCGCAGGGGAGGACGCCGGCCGCCUCCACCUCCCUCACCGUGGCCGAGCCCCAGCCCUGCUCCUCAUGAGUCCUCCCGGCCGGCCGCAGCGGCGGUGCGGGUAGGGCCGAGGUGGGAGCGGCUCCUGCGCUUUCCUCUUCCCCGCUCCCCCUUCCUGUACCCUCCCCGCCGCCUCCGGCCAUGACUUCCCUUACCCAGCGCAGCUCCGGCCUGGUGCAGCGCCGUACUGAGGCCUCCCGCAGUGCCGCCGCCGCCGACAAGGAGUGGGGGGCUGGCGGCGGCCUGGAGGACGAAGGCCACCGAGAUGAGCUGGGGGAUGACGAAAAGGGCGACUCCAAGGAAACGCGGCUCACCCUCAUGGAGGAAGUGCUACUCCUCGGCCUCAAGGACCGCGAGGGUUACACUUCAUUUUGGAAUGAUUGCAUCUCCUCAGGUUUGCGUGGCUGCAUGUUAAUCGAAUUGGCAUUGCGAGGGCGUCUUCAGCUAGAGGCUUGCGGAAUUAGGCGCAAAAGUCUAUUGACAAGAAAGGUGAUUUGCAAGUCAGAUACUUCUACAGGGGAUGUUCUGCUUGAUGAAGCUCUGAAACACAUAAAGGAGACCCAACCUCCUGAAACAGUACAAAAUUGGAUUGAACUGCUUAGUGGUGAAACAUGGAACCCAUUAAAGUUGCACUACCAGUUACGAAAUGUCCGUGAACGGUUAGCUAAAAAUCUAGUGGAAAAAGGUGUACUGACAACAGAGAAACAGAACUUCCUUCUUUUUGACAUGACUACGCACCCUCUCACCAACAACAAUAUCAAACAGCGCCUCAUCAAGAAGGUUCAAGAAGCAGUUCUUGACAAAUGGGUGAAUGACCCCCACCGCAUGGACAAGCGCUUGUUGGCACUCGUUUAUUUAGCCCAUGCUUCAGAUGUUCUGGAGAACGCUUUUGCCCCCCUUUUGGAUGAGCAGUAUGAUUUAGCGACAAAGAGAAUGCGGCAGCUUCUGGAUUUAGACCCUGAGGUUGAAUGUAUGAAAGCCAACACGAAUGAGGUUCUGUGGGCUGUUGUAGCAGCUUUCACAAAAUAACUGCAAUCAGACUGCAGUGUUCUCUUUUCUUUCAUGUAAACCAAUUGUUUCUCUUCUAUUGGCUAUUCAUGUUUUCUGUAAUUUGUACCUUCUCACAUGAAUUGGCUCUUGUUUAAUGGAAUUAUAAGUGGUGUAUUCCCUCUUUCUCUGUGCAUCUGUAUACAGGAUUCUGUUGGUACAAGAGACCUUCCUAUUUAAAACAACAGAAAAAGGUUUUACUGCCAUAUUGGCUUUCCAUUUCCUUUUAAAUUUGAGUUAUCUGAAAUAUUUGUUACUCUGUUUUUCAUCUUAUUGUUAUUGAAGUGGUUUAACAUGGAAAGCACCUCGAGGAAACGUGCAUGCAAUUGGAUCACUAGUCUCAGCUGACACAGAUGUGUGCAUGCAUCAAUAUUUCUGCAGUACAAUUCAUAACAGAUCAAAAAGGGCCUUUUUAAAAAAUCACCAAAGGUCCAUGUCGAAGUGUCUGUCAGGGCAUUUUAUACACAAAUGUUGUUUCAAUUAUGUCUGACAAAAUUACUUUAAAAGCAGAAAUUCCAUUUAACAGCUUUGUCAAUAGUUCCUGUAAAACCCCAUAAAAUUUACAAACAUGAACCUCUGUAAU